GUAGGGAGUUCUGUCGGAAAAAACUGGAGAGUUAACAACUGCAGACGAUGGUUUUAGCCCAAGAUUUUUACAUUGAAGCCCCUAUCAUAUACAAAUAUUACAAAAGAGAAUGAUAUCCUACGUCUCAACUUUGUUAUAGGACGGCGCCAUUGAGUCGCCAGGAUCUAUGGCGGCGGAAACCCCCCGGUGAAUGGCCCGGCCGCCGCCCCUCCCCACUUCCGCCGCCGUCUCCGUCGCCGACGUCCUUCGCCUAAACCCCAAUCCCUUCUCCCCGCCGCAGCCGCCACCCCCCUUCCGCCGCCUCUCCAUCUACCACCCCUCGCUCCGCCUCCUCCCCUCCCUCCGCUCCCUCCCCGCGCUCCUCCAAGCCCACGCCCAGCUCGUCGCCUCCGGCCUCCUCCGUCACCCCCUCGGCGCUGGCCUCCUCCUCCGCGCCUCGGCCGCCGCCGCUCCCCUCCCCCACACCCUCCUCCUCUUCCGCCACCUGCCCGCCCCCGACCCCUUCUGCGCCAACACCGUCAUCCGAGCCCUCUCCCUCUCCCCCGAGCCCCUCCUCGCCCUCCAAUUCUUCUUCGCCAACCUCCGCACCGGCUUUGCCCCCAAUUCCUUCUCCUUCCCCCCUCUCCUCGCCGCCUGCGGCCGCGCCACCUCUCUCCACGCCAGCGAGAAGUGCCACGCUCAGGCCCUCAAGCGCGGCGUCGACGCGGUCCUUCAUGUCCGCAAUUCCCUCAUCCAUGUGUACUCUGUCUGCGGCCUUUUGGAAUACGCUCGCGUCUUGUUCGACGAGAUGCCCCACCGAGAUGUGAUCUCAUGGAAUUCCAUGGUCGAUGGCUAUGCGGAAGCUGGUGACCUGGACGCUGCUCGCGAGUUGUUCGACAUGAUGCCGGAGAGAAAUGUGGUGUCUUGGAAUGUUAUGAUCAGUGGGUAUUUGAAGGGGAAAAGCCCAGAAUGCGGGUUGGAGAUCUUUAGGGAGAUGGGGGAGACGGGGCUGAGGGGGAAUGUGAAUACGAUGGUGAGUGUGGUCACGUCAUGUGGAAGACUGGGCCUGCUUAAAGAGGGGAGGUCUGUGCACGGUUACUAUAUCAGGAACUUUGCGGAGGAGAAUUUGAUAUUUGGGACGGCACUGGUGGAUAUGUACUGCAAGUGCUGGAGGGUGGAGAUUGCAAGGAGGGUGUUUGAUAGGAUGUCUAUGAGGAAUUUGGUGUGCUGGAAUGCGAUGGUUACAGGGCAUAGCAUUUUUGGGAAUCCAGAAGAUGGGCUAGCUUUGUUCCAAAAGAUGGUUGGAAGAGGGGAGGGUUCUGAAGAUGGUGGAACGAAUGAUGGCUUAGAGAAUGAACCGACUAGGAUCUUACCAGAUGAAAUUACCUUUGCCGGAGUCCUAUGUGCUUGUGCCCGUGCUGGUCUGUUGGCUGAGGGGAAGAAAUACUUCAAUGAAAUGACAAGCUUGUAUAAGAUUAUGCCUAAUUUUGCUCAUUAUUGGUGCAUGGCUAACCUCUAUGGCAGUCUUGGCCUUGUUCAAGAAGCGGUAGAAGUGUUAAGAAGCACUCCAGAGGAAACAGGAUCGCGGGUGCUGGGUGGUUUGCUUGGGUUGUGUCGGUUUCAUGGAGGCUUGGAGUUGGGCGAAAGCAUGGUAGAACGGUUAAUAGAGUUGGAACCUUCUAAUGUUUCUCACUAUGCUUUGCUAUGUAACAUAUAUGUGGCAGCUGGUAAAUGGGGAGAUGUUCAUAAAAUGAAGCAGACGUUCAAGGAAAGAGGGGUGAGAUUAAUCCCUGGUCAUAGGCUUGUUGAUCUAAAUGAGAUUGUUUGCAAUUUUAAAGUUGAAGAAAGGUCACAACCAAAGAUGGAGGAGAUCUAUAUGCUGAUAAAUGACUUGGCUUCAAGGUUAAGGUUAACAAGUGGUACAGUAGAUUCGAUUGAAAGUGGUCAGAAGUAGUACAUUACAAUGACAAGUGUUUAUCAUUUGGUUUUAUUACCAUCUUCCCAGCUUGUAAGCAUUGGUUUUUCGUGAUUUUUGCCGAUGCUUACAUAAUAAAGUAAUCCAAUUAGCAGAUUCUUUAUUUAUGUCUGCUUGAUCAUAGCGCAGGUGGUCUUAUA